UCUCUCUUGUGCACAACUCUUAAGGUUAAACACAGGAGCUAUGGGGGAUCCCAUAACCUACAAAGACCGAAAGACGGAUUUGACUGCAGUACCUCGUGGGGAAGUAACACCUUCAGAGCCAUGUCAAGAGGAUGAAGCACAAGAGAAUCGGCGUAAGAAUAUCGAAGAUUAUGUCAAACAGCUGAGCCCAAAACUUCUGGAUGAUUUCAAAAGAACAUUCCCGCAGAAACGUCUCGAUGAUUUUGAAAAAACAUGCCUGCAGCGUAACAAUUCAAGUGAUCCAAUUUGCUUGGAAGAAUGUAAAAUCACAUUGGUCGCUACCCUUGUUCUGAAGGGCGUUCCCCAGCAUGUGAAAGAACAAUAUGAGUUGAGGCUUACGUCAGGAGAAGUGCGUAUCAUCAAGAAGCUGGAAAAUGUACCCCUCACUCACCUAUCCGGGGAUCAGAGCAUGACCGAGGACCGUACUCAUACUUCACCGGAAACAUCAGUCCAUACCGCAAAUAAUACAAAGGAAGCGACACCAUCUUCCCACACGAGGGACUCACCAACGGUUUCCCCGACUGCUGUCAGCACCACGGUCGGCCUGUCUCAUCUCUCGUUGUCAUAGGGCCAUGGAGAUGUGGUGGAUCCCUGUCCUUGCCGGUGGGAGGGCUCCUGCUUCAUUUUUAAGUGUGUUUUUAGUCUGUUUAGGGUUUGUGUCCUGCUCAAAUCGACGAGACAGUGGUGGCUUUCUGAAGUUGGAAUAAGGUUCUCCCCGCAUAGCCCCCGUUCUUACGGUGCAACUAGUGCCAUGGGAGGGCGGGUCGAUAUUUAUCUCCUGCGGAUCUCGCAGGUUUCAGUCGGUGCUCAUCUUUCAUGGAUCCACUUGUAUCCACUCUUCAUUUGUGUGUUUUCAGAUUGAAUCUUUUUUUAUCUAUGCUUCUCUUUAUCGGC